CGAAGCUAAAAUGGCUGGGUCCAAUCAUGAAGAUUGACGUCAUGAACCAGGAAGUACUUCUUCCGUCCGUGUGAAGACUUGGUGUGAAAGGCAAAGCGGGGCUGCGUUCAUCCACUUAAUGUUUCUCGUCACUCGUGCAAAGGAACAAUGUCUCCUGAUGAGCUGGUCUACCUGGGAGUCCUUGCAGCCUCCAUCCCAGUUGGAUUCCUUUUUCGUUACCUCAGUCCUCCUGUAAAGCAGGGGGGCGCUAUGAUUCUGGGCCUCUCCAUUAUCAUCACCACCUGUCAUGUACAUGCGCUUCACUCUCUGGUGACGGUGAUUGUAACAUGGUUGAUUAUCAAGAGCAGUUGGAGGCUCGCCCCCGCGUUGAGUCUCUCCUGGACCUUUCUCUACCUCCUGUUCUUCCGACUGGUCACGUGGUUCGGUUUGCCAGCUCCGACGCCGUUUGCCAAUGCCGUCCAGCUCCUCCUCACUCUCAAGAUGGUGAGCCUGGCCAACGAGGUGCUCGCUUUCCACCUGGAGAAGAAGAAGCAAUUGAGCACCUUCGGGAGGUCUUCACUCGUUGAGUGUCUUACUCGACAGCCCUCGCUUUAUGACAUCAUGUCGUACAGCUACUGUUAUGUUGGUAUAAUGACAGGCCCAUUUUUCCGCUUCCAAACCUACAAUGACUGGCUGGAGCAGCCCAGACCGCUGUCCUUGCCCGGCUGGGAACCGUGCCUACAGCGGCUCAAGCUGGUGCCCGUCUUCGGUGCCCUAUUCCUGGCUGUAAACUCCAUCUUUCCUCUGGCUUACGUCCGCACAGAUGAGUUCCUGGAACACAAUUUCUUCUUCAGGUUCUUCUACAUGGUAGUGGUGUUCUUCGUGUUCAGGAUGCGUUUCUAUGCCGCGUGGUGCGGUGCGGAAGCCGGGUGCAUUAGCGCCGGUCUCGGCUGCUAUCCAGAACGGGCUCAGUGUAAACCGGGCGGAGGACCCACUGUCAGCUACAGCCCCGAGUCAUUGACUGAAGAGACAUACGACUUCAAAACCAUCCAGAACAUCGACUGCUACAACACGGACUUCUGCGUCAAGGUGCGGCACGGCAUGCGUUACUGGAACAUGACGGUGCAGUGGUGGCUGCAUCACUACAUCUACCCCAACGCCCCCUUCAGAUCCUACACACUCAGAGCGGGCUGGACCAUGUUCAUCAGCGCCUAUUGGCACGGCCUACACGCCGGAUACUACCUCUCCUUCCUCACCAUCCCGCUGUGCAUCGCCGCCGAGUCGGCCAUGGAGGCGUCGGUCCGGGCCCGGCUGGGCCCACGCGGUCAGAACAUCUUCGACUGGGUCCACUGGUUCCUGAAGAUGCGAGCGUACGACUACAUGUGCAUGGGCUUCGUGCUGCUCAAGGCCUCCGACACCAUCAGCUACUGGUCGUCCAUCUACUUUGCCGUGCACGUGGUGGCCGUGGGCUGCAUAAUAGUGGGAAGGGUUCUGAAAAGAGGAGGAGGCAAGAGAGGAGACAAGGAGAAGGCAGACGUUGAGAAGAAAGACAAGACGAAAAUGGCAAAUGGAGACAAAGCUGAAAAGGACGACUGAGUGAAUUGUUGAUAUCCUGAACUGGAGGGACACGAGGUGGAGUUUGCUCAAGAAUUUUAUAUCCAACAGUGCAACAUGUUCUUUAAAUGUACAAUGAUUCCUUGAGAUAACAGUGACCCAGUUCAGAUUUUUUUUUGAGAAAGAUUUUAUUUUGCUUUUACUUGCCUGCAAAUAUUUGCAAUACAAGCACUGUAUAAUGGUGGUGGUGGUGAACUCAACUCAAUUGAAAACGAGCAAGUUUGACCGUUAGAGGUCACAUGUUGUCCAUUGCCACUCCCACUUGUUUUCUGUCAAUCUAAACAUCCAUCCAUUUUCCGUACAGUAUAUCCUCAAUAGGGUCGCAAGCAUGCCGGAGCCGAUCCCAGCUAUCUUGGGCGAGAGGUGAGGUACACCCUGAACUGGUCGUGAGCCAAGGGGAGAACAUGCAAAGGCCCCACAAGCCAGGCCAGUAUUUGAACCCAAGUCCUCAUAACUGAGAGGCGGGUGUGCUAACCACUUAUUUCCCGUGCCGCCCGAACUAAGCGUAAAACAAAGUGAUGUGUAGUAAAAACAAUCACAGAGCUUUGUGUAGCUAAAUGUUAACAAAUGGUGGAAAACGCCAUAGAUGGGCAAAUAGCAUCACUUCUUUAAACAACCCAUGUUUGAACUGGUGAAGCAACACGUAGACAGAAAUAUAAAAAUACUCAGAGGCAUAUAUUCUUUACUGUAAAAAUAACUAAUUAGGUCAGUUGUGAAACUUCGUGUAUGUGUCUCUCUAUUCCACUGCUUCCAAGUGGCCAUGGCGCACACCCAAAGGAGCAGCACAUUGUACAUUCAAUUGAGGCAAAAAUUAUGGCAGUUUUUAAAAAUUCUUCACAUUUUAUUCAAUUGUGUUUUCAAAUGUUUUUUUUUAUUAAGUACAAUAUGUAGAGUUUUUUUAACUAAAAAUGGGGAAAGGCUUGAAUGAAUUGAUAGCAUUCGUUUCAUUUUGUAGGGCAACAUGAUCUGUGAUGCAAGUGUCUUCAAUAACAAGCAGGGUUACAGAAUGAAUUCAAGACAUAUUUCAAGACGCCACUACAUAAACAAUACACAGGUCAAAAACGCAGUUAUUUUGGAACCAUUACGCCGCAUGGUGUGAAUAGGAAUCACGAUGUCUGAACAGAAUUAACACAUGCCGCAACAGUAAUGUAAAUAGCCUGAACAGUGCAUUCGCUUCAAUUCCAACAUGGUCAAAAUAUUUGCAAUAUCUGUACUGCCAAGAUAUUCCAGCAGCUGAUUUAUACUGCAAUGUAUCAGAAAUGGAACAAGGAACGAAUCCAUUUUUGCUUUUGGGAUUUCUGUUGUUCAAGUUCUCAACUGAGCAUGUUCAGUGUUUUAGCGUGUCACGUAAUCUGAACAAAAAAAAUGAAUGUAAUGCUGUAGAUUUGUACACUGUGUGUCAGGGGGAAAAAAAGUCAGCAAUAUUUAGUUGUGUUUCACUCUCUUACUUUAGCAGUACUGUAUUGUUAUUCUGACUGGAUGGCUCAGUGCUUUUUACGUCCUGUGCUCGGCCAAGUCCGUAAUUGGACUGGUGUUUAAUGUUCGAGUCUUGAAAUGCUUCAUCAGCCUUUUAAAGUCCACCCAAUGUUUUUCUGUGUAUUCAUUUGCAUCUCAAAUGUUCCUUUUUAUUGUCUUCAGAGUUCUUUAUUUAUUUAGAUCUCUUUGGCUUGUGUGUCUUUUUUGACUGUGGCACCCCCUGUUUUGAGUUCUCCUUUCAACUAUGUCACGUUCCGAAUGUUGCAUACUAUACAUUUCGACAAAUACUUUGCAGUAUAUACAGUAAUACCCUGAUAAUUCUUGCUCUAUACGAUGUUGGUUUCGCCGUCACUGUGGACUGCACCUUUACAACACAAACACACCUGCUUGUUACCUCAUCACGGGUUUUUCACAACGACUGUUAUAAAUUCCAUUUUUGAAACUUGUAAAUUGCAAGUAAAGUCACAACUUCAGCAUACGGUGAAUAUUAAGUCUACACACCUGUUCAAUUGCCAAAUAAGACCAAAAGAAAUCAUUUCAGAACUUUCUCUACCAUUUACAUAUAAUCAACAACGCAAUUAAAAAAAAGGUUUCAAAUAAUAAAGGAGGGGAAAUAAAAAUAACUGAGGCACCGUGGGUGCAUAAGUGUGGACACCCUAUUUUGACUGAAGCU